AUGAACGACCUCACCACCGGCCCAAGCGGCAUUGAACGCAUCCCUUGUGAGAUGAAGAUUAAAAUCUUCGUACACAUGACCGACAUGCGCUCUGCACGCUCCCUCGCACAAACCAGCCAGGUUUUUGCCGCCACCUACCACAACAAUGCCGUCAAGAUUGACCAGGCUAUCACCAUGAACAUCGCCCACCGAGUCGCCAAAGAGAGAAUAGGUUUUCAAUCGCUAUCGAUCAUCAAGGCCGGUAUCAUGGUUUACCAAGCGAGUCACCUUGACGUUCCCUUUGCUCUCGACCUCUUUUCGGAUUUCUUUUAUCUGAACUCAGAUUACGAAGUAACCAAGAAAGACCUCAAUAUCAUCAAGAGUCUGGAUACCCCCUGCGGCCUCCUAUCCACAGCCUAUGUCCUCAGCGUGAUGGCACUCGCUAGCUGGUGCGGCUUGUUCUCCAAUCUGAAUGCGGGCGACGCGGAGGGAUGGGAAUACCACGAACGCUUCCUCAAAAUGUACGAGCCGGCUCUCCGGCUCAAGAUCCUGAUGUACGCGGAGGCGUGUUAUCAAGCCUCCCACCAGCAAGAAUUCGAACGGAUUCUGGACCUUCCAAUAGCAAAGAAGGCAGCAAACGAGGCAGAGGAGGCGGCAAAGAAGGCGGCAGAGAAGGCAAAGCAGGCGCAGCAUGGGACAGACGAAGCAGUGAAAGAGGCGGAGGAGGCGGCGAAGAAGAAGAAGAAGGAUGAGGAGUAUCAAAACACUCCCAUCGCCGCGCCCCAGCGAGGUCACUUCUAG